AGAUUCCGUUUCCGUGGUGGACAUUUUGUUCGUUUUGUCAACUCGCAAAUUUUAACGAAUAUCCAUAGAAAUCAACUAAAAUAUGUCGUAAGUAGAUGUUUCUACAGAAAAUCUAUCAUACUUUACUGAUGAUCUUUGUAAACCUUUAUUUUAAUAAAUGUAGGACUUUUCUUUAUUGAUAUUUUUUCAAUAUAAAAUAUACGUUUCCACUACGAUAUUUUACCGGCUUUUGUGAAUUUUUCAUGUUUUCCUUUUCUAUUUCAAAUAAUAUUAAUAUUUUCUCCAACUAACGAUUAUAUAAAUUGAAUUGAUGAUUAUUACGUCUCUUUCAAUUGCAGAUCCCUACUUAACAAGCCUAAAUCUGAGAUGACCCAAGACGAGCUCCAGCAAAGGGAGCAGGAGGAAUUCAAUACAGGACCGCUAUCAGUUUUGACUCAAUCUGUGAAAAAUAAUACACAAGUUCUAAUCAACUGCCGUAACAACAAGAAACUUCUAGGUCGUGUAAAAGCUUUCGAUAGACAUUGUAAUAUGGUUCUUGAAAAUGUUAAAGAGAUGUGGACAGAAACUCCUAGAACAGGAAAGGGCAAAAAGAAGGCUAAACCCGUAAAUAAGGAUAGAUACAUCUCAAAGCUAUUUUUACGUGGAGACUCAGUAAUUUUGGUCCUACGUAAUCCCCUUGCUUCACAAAAAUAACUUGUUUUUUUGUUUUUUACUUUGAAAAAUCUGUAUUUAUGUUAUAUUAGAUUCUUAAAAAUAUAGUAUUUUGUAUUUGUUACUUAUGGAUUAUAUAUAUAUAUAUAUAUAUAUAUAUAUGUCUAUGUAUACACAAUACGCAUUUGGAUUUCCUUUUAAUCAUAUUCCAAUUAUUAAUUAGAUAUUUUUAAUGAUAUUUUCUAAUUAUUGUAAGCUUUCCAGUUUUAGAUUUAAAUGGUUAAAACUAUAUUUUGAACUAAAACGCAAAGAAUCAUCAAAGUUGAGAACAUCGUCAACUGAUUAAUUAUAUGGGAUGUAAACUUGAUAUCGUUGAACUCAUUUUGUUUGUUUUCAUAAACAGCAUGUUUAAAUGAUUCAUGCAUACUUUCAAAGUAUUUUCAGAUUAAUUAAAGUCGUUCAUUAAGCUAACUAGAAAUUUAUUCGAUUCAUCCUUUAUAAUAGAUAACAUAACCGGGGAAAAUAAUAUUAAACCUUGACCUUUAAUCUCUUUUUUUUCGUAUUAAAUAACAAACAGUUUUUUCUAAAAUAAUAUUUUUAAAUAUUUUUCUAAUAAUAUACGUAGGUUCGUAGGUUUCAAUAAUCCUUCUAUUAAAAAUAUCUGUAUUUUCAUAUCACGUGACAAUCACAUGAUGUAUUUUCUGAGCAUCAGGCGAAUAUUUGUUUCAAUUUAGUUGCUAUUUAAUAAAUCAUGGUGAAUAUGUUUAAGUAAAAUGUUAAAUAAGUUUUUGUAAUUGAAUAUGGAACCUCUCGGAGUUGAAAGCGAGUUCACAAAUAUUGAAGAAUUGCCUAAGUGGUCCCAAACAGUGGCUCCAGAUUAUGAGAUAGUUUGUAAUGACCCGAAUGUAUUAGAUAAUUGCUCCUUUAAAUUAGAUGACGAAUUGAAUAGUAAAAUAAUAGUCUGGACCGGUGACAUAACUAAGUUAAAGUGCGAAGCAAUUGUCAAUUCAACAAGCGAGUCGUUUGGCGAUAAAUCUCCUCUGAAUCAAAGAAUUUUUGCAAAGGCUGGUCCCGAAUUAAAGGAGGAAGUUCGCAGAAAUAUUAAAGUUUGUAAGACUGGAGAUUCAAAACUAACGAAAGCGUAUAAACUGCCUUGCCGCAGUAUUAUUCAUACAGUUGGACCCCGGUACAAUAUAAGGUAUAAAACUGCCGCUGAAAGUGCUCUGUUUAAUUGCUAUAGAAGUUGUCUAAAUCUGGUUAGAGAGUACAAUAUUAGAACUAUAUCUAUACCUUGUAUACACUCAAGCAGGAGGGGCUACCCUUCAUACGAAGGUGCUCAUAUAGCUAUUCGAACAAUUCGACGAUUCCUUGAAACCUACGGCUCACAUGUUGAUUCCGUAGCAUUUGUUGUAGCUGGAGAGGAUGAUGACGUUUAUAAUUCUCUAAUGCCGUUAUACUUUCCAAGAAAUCGUGAUGAAGCGAUUUUCUCAGCCGUUCACCUACCCUAUGAUACAGGAUCUCGGGAGACCGGCGAACCAGUUAUUGCAGAAAGAAUUAUAAGAAUAGAGGGUAAACCGCAAAGGGCUCACGCUCCUGAUUUUUUAACGAGCGUAGACAUUAAUGAAGUUUUUGAAACAUCUGUUGCGGUUGGUCGACACCCUUUUUCCAGACCUCAGGCAAAUCCGGAUAAAAGGCGCACCAGACCACCAAUGUCUACCGAUCAAAUCAAUGCUUUCAAUCAUCAUCAAUUCCGAUAUAAUCAAUGGAUUGCAAAAGCUAAAAGUGAAGAUCUCUUCCAAGUUGAGAGAUUAAGGUGGUUGUAUCAUUCAGGUUAUGAUAGAAGAGGGCGACCUGUUAUAGUAGUUAUUGGCAAACACUUUCGGCCAUCAGUAUGCAAUCCUGAAAAGGCUGUAAUGCACGUAAUAAGAACCAUGGAUUCUAUUGUUUCGAAGCCAUUUGUUGUAGCCUAUUUCCAUACUAAAACUGAAAGGAAGCAUAUUCCUGAGACAGGAGUAGUUAAAGAAACUUACAACUUACUCGAUAAUAGAUAUAAAAAGAAUAUGCACGCAUUCUAUAUUUUGCACGCAUCUCUUUGGACAAAAAUUCAAUCUUGGUUCUUUUCAACGUUUAACGUUUCAGAAAUAAAAAAUCGAAUAGUUCAUAUUCCUGGAUUAGAAUAUCUUUAUAGCAGAAUUGGACCCGAUCAGUUAGAUUUACCAUCGUUUAUAUUGGAGCACGAUAUAACAGUUGAGUUGAUUAUUUAAAACAAACAUAUAUAUUCAUAUAUUUCCUUUAAAAGGUAAACGGAACAAGAUACUAUUCCCCGGAACAAGAUCAGACGAUAGGAUUGUUUUAAGUUUUGUAAAGAAGCAUAAAGAAAUCAAUCAAUUAGAAAUCGAAUUCGCAAAAGUUGACCCAAAAAAAUUUUUUUACAUAAUAAUAACAAUAAAUAUGAAAAGUACUUUAUUACUGUUAAAUAUUUGAGUUUGGAGGAAGUUUCACGAAAAUAGGCAAGAUAAACUUGAAACAAAUAGGCCACUAGCUCUUUUUCUCUCUCUCUCUCUCUCUCUCUCUCUCUCUUUCUCUUAUUUUUCUCAACGAUAAGUAACGUAUCGAAUUUCUAAAGUGUGUUAUUUUUACGAAAAUUCAACUAAAUCUUUUAAGAUGUGAGAUUAAUUUUGGUAUCAGUUUAUAACAACCAAUUAGCAACCAAAUCGGUGUAGAAUUAAUUGAAAAUUCUUUCUGUCUUUCUUCAAUUCUGUAAACGUAACAUAUAGAUAAAUUACUAUUAUAGCUUCUUAAUAAAGUAAAGGUUGAAGUGUCUGAUUAAUUUUUUGUGUCUGAAUUUUUGUUGAAGUAGAUGAAAUGUUGAAAAUUUCCUUUUUUAUUUUGUUUCUCUUUGAUUUAAUCUGGCGAAUCUAUUUAAGUAAAUAUUGAAGAAAGGAAGGGAAAGAAUAGAUCUAAUGUUGAAAAUUAGUUUAUAAGAAAAUUCUUCAAAUAAAGAAAAUUAAAGAAAUGAAAGCACAUUUUAUUAUUUUAUGUUGAUUGGAUGCCGUGUAGGAAGGGCUAAAAAAACAACGAUAAUGACGAUCAGGUGGUCGAAAGAGGAGGAUGCUGGGGGGGUUUAAUCGGCAACAGAUGGCGCUUACUUUCUGAUUUUCCAAAACCAAAAAGACAACAUACAAACCGUUUUACGUCUUCUAACAACAGUUGGUCGAUAGCGAUAGGCUUGUUAUGACGUUUGAUACGCAAAGCAAGCCGGCUCGCUUAUUUAUCCGAAUGUCAGAAUGCGUAGGUUUAGAGAUGCGUAUUAAUCGCUUUCAAAGUUUUAUCGAAGGGAAUUUUCUCAUUGUAAGGGAAUAAAAUAGCCAAUAGAGAGACAUGAUGAAACAAUUAAUCAUCCUUACUCCUAAUGAGACUUUUAUAGUGCUUUUUUAUAUUUGGAAAUAUUUGCUC